GCACCGCUGGACAUUUAGCGGCCUGUGAUCGAGAUCGACUGUCAGAGGCUCCAGGAUCCACUGGUUGGUGACAACCGCACUACGUUGCAGGGCAAUCCCUUGAAGUGGCUCCUUUGAUUCUGCUCUUUUUCUAGAGUUUGGCGCCGAGAUGCUGUUACGGGGACAGUUUAAAACUGCCCCGGUGGGUUUAGUCCUGCUGGGACGGGCCUCGGCUGUGUUGUAAUAAACUUGGUUUCUUUCCAGCAUGGCAGAGUCCAGAGCGUCUGUGUGCAGGGAGAGAGCCUGGGGGGAAUGGGGGUGUCACAUGGACUCAAGCACCUUCUGAAACCCCCCUCCCCUCCCAUUGCCUCUCUCGCCCUGACAGGCUGAGGAAUCACGUCUAGAUUUUGCUCCAGAUCGACCCAGGAGACAGGGCAGGGAAAUGGCUGUGAUGGAGCCAGCUCAGAUGCCGGUGACCUUUGAGGAGGUGGCUGUGUAUUUCACCCAGGGGCAGGGGACUCUGCUGGACCCCGCUCAGAGAGCCCUCUACAGGGACGUCAUGCAGGAGAACUACGAGACGGUGACCUCGCUGGGAUUUCCCUUUCCCAAACCUGACCUGAUCGCCCGGCUGGAACGAGGGGAAGGGCCGUGGGUCCCGGAUCUCCAGGCCUGGGUGGAAAAAGAGAUCCCAAGAGGCACUUGCACAGCAGGUGAUGAGCAAGGGAGUGAGAAAGAGGAAGGGAAUCACCAUGAGGAAGUUCCUGGGGAAGUGGAACCACAGGGAACCUUUGUGGGAAGAGUUGAAGGGAAUUUUUCCCAAUGCUUGGAGGAGGGAGAAGCCUGGGGAAAUUGGCACAGGUCAGAGAGGUUGUUGGGAAACCACCCAAGGAAGAAAGUGGAUGAAUCUAUUAAAAGUGGGGGAGGAGACAAGGAUUCCACAGCUCACCACACAAAUCCCAAGGAAGAAAAACCCUACCAGUGCCUUGAAUGUGGGAAAAGAUUCAUUCUGAAAUCACACCUUGUGAAACAUCAGAUAAUCCAUAUUGGAGAGAAACCUCUUCAAUGCUUGGACAUUAUGGAAAGCUUCAGUACCUGCUCACUUCUUAAUAACCAUGGGAGAAGCCACACGGGAGAGAAUCCCUAUCCAUGCCUCGAGUGCGGGAAAUGUUUCAGUGGGAAGUCAGAACUAAUUAGACAUCAGACAGUCCACACAGGAGAGAGACCCCACAAGUGCUUGGACUGUGGGAAAAGUUUCAUGUGGAGAUCACAUCUUAUUAGACAUCAGAGAGUCCACACAAGAGAGAGAGCAUAUAAAUGCUUGGUGUGUGGGAAAAGCUUCAGUGACAGCACAAACCUUACUAACCAUCGGAGAAUCCACAGAGGAGAGAGACCCUAUAAAUGCCUCGAUUGUGGGCACUCUUUUGGUUGGAAGUCCAAUCUUAUCACACAUCAGAGAAUCCACACAGGAGAGAGACCCCAUAAGUGCUUGGACUGUGGGAAAAGUUUCACACAGCGAUCAGCACUUGUUACACAUCAGACAGUCCACCCAGGAAAGGGACGCUAUAAAUGCUUGGAGUGUGGGAAAAGUUUCAGUUGGAAGUCAGGCCUUAUAACACAUCAGAGAAUCCACACAGGGGAGAAACCCCAUAAGUGCUUGGACUGUGGGAAAAAUUUCAUACAGAGAUCAAACCUUACUAAGCAUCAGGCAAUCCACACUGGAGAGAGACCCCAUAAGUGCUUGAACUGUGAGAAAAGUUUCACAUUGAGAUCAGCCCUUGUUACACAUCAGGCAGUCCACACCGGAGAGAGACCUCAUAAGUGCUUGGACUGUGGGAAAAGUUUCACAUGGAGAUCAGGCCUUGUUACACACCAGGCAAUCCACACAGGAGAGAGACCCCAUAAGUGCUCGGACUGUGGGAAAAGUUUCAUACAGAAAGCACACCUUAUUAGACAUCAGACAGUCCACACAGUAGAGAGACCCCAUAAGUGCUUGGACUGUGGGAAAAGUUUCACACAGAGAUCAGCACUUGUUACACAUCAGACAGUCCACACAGGAGAGGGACGCUAUAUAUGCUUGGAGUGUGGGAAAAGUUUCAGUUGGAAGUCAAGCCUUAUAACACAUCAGAGAAUCCACACAGGAGAGAAACUCCAUAAGUGCUUGGACUGUGGGAAAAAUUUCAUACAGAGAUCAAACCUUACUAAGCACCAGGCAAUCCACACAGGAGAGAGACCCCAUAAGUGCUUGGACUGUGGGAAAAGCUUUAGCUGCAGCUCACAACUCACUCAACAUCAGAGAACCCAUACGGGAGAAAGACCCUAUAAAUGCCUCGAGUGUGGGAAAAGUUUCAUUGCGAGUUCUCAUCUUGUUGCACAUCACAGAAUUCACACCGGUGACAAACUUCAGAAAUGCCUCAACUGUGGGAAAUGUUUCAUGUGGAACUCUACCCUUAUAAUACAUCAGAGGAUCCACACAGGAGAAAGACCUUAUAAGUGCUUGGUCUGUGGGAAAAGUUUCACACUAAGAUCAUGCCUGAAAACACAUCAGGUAACCCACACGGGAGAAAGACCCCAUAAGUGCUUGGACUGUGGGAAGAGUUUCACACUGAGAUCAAACCUCAUUAAACAUGGGAGAAUCCACACAGGAUCUAAACUUCAUAAAUGCCUUGCCUGUGGAGAAAGCUUCAUUCAGCGAUCACACCUCAUUAAACAUCAGAGAAUCCACUAAAGUUUGAGAUUCAAUCGGAGCUCACACAUCAGUGAUCCAUACAACAGAGAGAGCUUGAAUGUGGGGGAAGGUUCAUUUGGUGCUCCCAGAGUAUCAGGCACCCGCAAAUCUAAAUAGGGAAGAAACCUCUGAGAUGUUCUCAGUGUGGAAAAUGCUCCAAGUGGAGCUAAGACAAAGUUGGACGUGAGAGACUCCUCCACACAGUACGGAAAUUUUCUCAGGGCUCUGACUAAGCCAUAGUUAUCAAUUUCCUCAUUCCCACACACAUCAGGGGCAUUUGGCUCCCAAGGACCCAGCUGCCCAUCACUGGAGUGAGGAUCCAGCAGCAGCUAGUCAGUGACCCUCUGGUUCUGCUUGGUCUAAGCAAACCCCAGGCAGAGAGGGAGAAGCCCUGAUCAGCCCCUCCUCCCUGCUACAGCCCUGGCUGCUGAGCUGAUGGGCCAGAGGGGAGAAGGGAGAGAGAGAAACUCCUCCAGCUGCUCCCUCUGCCCGGCUGAAGUUCCCCCGUCUCCCUUACCUUCCCAGCCGGGAUCCCCCUGCCAUGGAGAUGAGGAGAAGGACACUUGGGCCAGGCCCCACUUUCACUCUUGACACCCGUCUCCAUCCCCCAUCUUCCAGCAGCCCCUGGGCUGGGCUCCCCCACUUACCUGGAGCGUCCCUGGAGCUGGUUAUUCCUCCCCUCCCUGAAUCCCCCAGGGCGCUGGGCUCUGGGGGAUCAAAUAUUGAGGGACCAGGCUGACGGGUUGUGGGGAGGACACUGAGGAUUGAAUGGUUGGGGCUGGGGGAGCUGGGAAGCAGGAGGAACUGGGUGCUGGGGCUAUCGAGUGUUUAGGGAUCAUGGGAUAAGAGGCGAGGGAGAGCACAGGGGUAGAGAGAUGCUGCCUCUAAUCACUCACCCCCUCUGCCCCUUCUCCCUUCCCCCUCUGCAUUCAACCAGCACCACUGGGAGGGGCUGAUUCCCACAGGGCCCUUUGUGGGAGGCCUGGAGUUCCCACCUCUGCCUCCGCAGCAUCAGCCUCUGAACAUCUGUCUAUGGUAGGAAAAUGGUUGGGAUUAGCCAGCUCGUCUCCCCUGACCCUCCAACACUCUUUCUAGUCACACUGACCCUGAAGUAUAUUAUCUAUUCUGAUCCUCGCCAUGAGCAGAGUGAUCGUUAGUCCUUGAGUUCCCCCUUUGGGGCCGGAUUGUCUCAUUCCCAGCCAGUCUCACAUUACUCCAGGCUGUGCGGAAAAGCAUUGAGUGUGUGUAUAUUUUCUCCCUUAGGGGGCAGAACUAAACAGAUGUUAAAAAAGUGGGAGCAGGGAUAGUAAAAUGUGGUGUUUUAGCUUCUGUGCUAUUUCAGGGCAAUAGGGUGAGUUCGAGGUAUCCCCUCCUUCCUGUAUCACCAUCACCCUCCACACAGCAGCCUCUGUCCAAGCGAUGGAGAGUCUUAUCCUGUCCCUGUUCUACCCCUCUGCCUCCUAAGGUGUCACUUACCACCGUGUCCCUGGCUCUAGAUGCUUAAGAAUCAGCUUUGAUUUCUGUGAUCCUCCAUGAGACUUUGGAGGGCUGGAGAAGAAAGUGUCACAGACCUGCGAGGGAGGGGAAGGGAGGAAUCCCAAAGAACCUCAAAGCACAGUUUACCUUUCUGAUCUGUUUCUAUGUAUUGCUGAAAUUGCUUCCAGAGUUUUCUGUGCUAGUCUAGAUCAUUUGUAGAUGGGAAGGUUUUUUUUGUUUUUGUUUUUAUUUCUUAUGAUGAUGCUAAAACUUUUCAGAGUAGCAGCCAUGUUAGUCUGUAUCCGCAAAAAGAAAAGGAGGACUUGUGGCACUGUAGCUCACGAAAGCUUAUGCUCUAAUAAAUUUGUUAGUCUCUAAGGUGCCACAAGUCCUCCUUUUCUUUUUGCUAAAACUUUUGUAACUCAUACAACCGAAUUAUUAGGCAAGAGGUGAAGCCGGGUUAGCCAGUUCAGAAGAAAAUGGCUACAUUUAUUUUCCUGAUUUUGAGUCUUCAGGUUCUCUGAGAUUUCACUUUCUGAAUGUAAAAGUGUUUUAUAGCCCACCCUGGAGUGUGGGUUUUUCUCUAGUCCAGAAAGCUGUUUGGUCACAGACUUUGAUAUUAGCUUAGUUUAGAUGUAGCUCAGAUUUAUGGAGGACUUAAUGAAUGCCAGAAUAGUCCUUUUGUAUUUUAUUUUCACCGUAUUCUACCCUUUGUGAUGUGAACUUUGUUUUAUUUGAAGAAUGGCAAAGGUCUGUGUGUCUCAGCACAUACACUGCGGGUGCCAGCUCGCGUCACGUCCGAGAGGCAGAGAUGGAAACGGGGAAUGAAAUCACAGCCUGACCCCUGCAGUGACGUGACUUAGGGCCCAGCCACCCUGCAGAGGCUGCUGCGGCGGAAUUGCACUGAUGCAGCUUUUGCGCUUGGAGGGGGACGCUACGUGGACCAACCAUCGGCGUAGAUCACCCACCUCCCCAAGAGGCGGCAGCUACGUCGAUGGGAGAAGUCCUCCUGUUGCCAUAGUGCUGUCUACACCAGAAGUUAGGUUGGUACAGCUGCGUCGCUUGGGGGUGUGGAGUUUCACAAGUGACGUAGGUUGCGAGUGCAGACCAAGCCGCAGCGUCAGGAGGAGAAGAGGGUGGGAGGUGAGGAGAACAGAGCUGGGAAAUGGCUGGGUUUGCUCUUCAGAGCCAGACGGCUGAGGCUGAGAACUGUGAACUCGCUGCACCAGAGUCAGAGAGACACUAGACCUGACCUAUGAGUGUUGUGUGAAGCUUCCCCUGCAAUCUAAAGGACCAUGAACGACACCCCAAAAAUGAUUGGGGGAGGGGGCAGCGUCCCCCUGUUGCUGAGGUGCCGAGUUUGGGCACAGGCAAGAAGGGAGCCAGGGAUGUCAAGAGACUUGGGCAGCCUUGAAUCCAGGCCAACCCCUAGCAUUGAGGCCAGAGGGAGAUGAGGAGCCCUAGAGCCCUGCUGGUCACCCCCUCCCCAUCUGCCGCGGUGUCCUGUGUGGGGACGAGAGAAACUGUCUCUGCCCCACUCACCCCACACUCAUCCCUCCUUCCUGAGAUCUUUGGAUUCCCUGCUCUCAGAGUGUUUCCUUUUGUGAUGGGGUCCCAGUGUCUCUCGUGGCUUCUCACCACUUUUCUAUCAUUCAUACGUGUGGCUCUGUUUUUGGUUCUUGUGAGAGUUGGGCGUGGCACUGUGCUGGGAUGGAACCGAAAAGUACCCCCCUGAGCUGGGCUGGGGGUGGGGAAUGGAGUCUGUCUUUGUUUGUCCUUUGGAAUAAUAAAGUAGCAUUUAGUUUCUCCCAC